CGGUAAUUCAUCCAAUAUGCGAGGAUGUGAUAAUGUGAACUGUGGAGGCAUAGCUUUUUCUGUGCACCCAACUUCAUCCCAAGACUGCUCCGUCACAAUUUCCCGGCCGCGCCGCCGAUUAACCGAGAGUAAGAGUAAGAAUGGAUGAUGUUUCUCUCAAUAGUGAACCUACAUAUAAUGAGGAGUUUGAAAUUGAUGGAGAAUUUGCAAUGACUGAAUAUGUUGGCCAAACUGGUGAGGUUUUACAAGGUGAUGAUCCUGCUGUUGGGAUGGAAUUCGAAUCCUACGAUGAUGUUUAUUUCUUCUACAACUGUUAUGCAAAACAACAAGGGUUCGGAGUAAGAGUAAGUAACACAUGGUAUAGAAAGAGCAAGGAGCGGUACCGAGGGAAAUUAAGCUGCAGUAGCGCCGGCUUCAAGAAGAAAACCGAUGCCAACCGGCCAAGACCUGAAACUCGGACUGGCUGUCCUGCAAUGAUCAAAUUUAGGUUGAUGGAUAACAAGAGGUGGAGAAUUAUAGAAAUCGAGCUAGAGCAUAACCAUCUAACCACUCCGGCAAAUGCUAGCAUUUAUAAGUCUCAUAAGAUAUCAGAUCUUGGAAGUAAGAGGCCUUUGCCAAUAAAUGGUGCUGACCAAGUUCAAAGAAUCAGGUUGUUUAGAACGGUGGUCAUUGAUGCAGAUGAUACUGAGGAAUGUGAUUUUAGGGAUACUAUUGAUCAGGGUGAUGACAAACUGAAGCUCAAACCGGGGGAUUAUCAGGAAAUGCUCAAGUUUUUCACGAGGAUGCAGUUGAAUGAUCCUAGUUUCUUUUACUCGAUGGACGUUAAUGAGAAAGGAUGUUUACGCAAUGUUUUCUGGGCUGAAGCUAGGUGUAGGGCUGCCUACAGUUAUUUUGGUGAUGUUUUAUUCGUCAAUACUACAAGUUUAACAGAAAACUACGAGGUUCCACUGGUGGUAUUUACCGGUAUCAAUCACCAUGCACAGACUGUGCCACUAGGCUGUGGUUUGGUUUCAGUUCAGACUGUGGAGUCAUUUGUAUGGCUUUAUAGAGCAUGGCUAACAUAUAUGGUCGGACGGUCUCCUCAAACCAUCAUUACCAGCGAGUGCAAAGCCCUGCAGACUGCUGUUGCCGAGGUUUUUCCUAGAGCAUCGCAUUGUCUUUCUUUGACAAACAUUAUGAAGAUGGUUUUGCAUGAAGUAGCAUGUCUGGAGGCAUGCGAGGCAAUCAGAAACGGGCUUAGUAGAGCGGUUUAUCACUCGCUGAGAUCAGAUGAAUUUGAAGCAGCUUGGGAGGACUUGGUGCAGAGCCAUGGACUUCAGAAUCACAAAUGGCUUCAAAACUUAUAUGAAGAUCGUAAGCGGUGGGUUCCAGUCUAUCUGAAAGAGAUCUUUUGUGCAGGAAUGUUUCCUGUGGAUUCACCUUUUCAAGAAUAUUUGAGGCAACAUACUUCGUUAAGAGAGUUUUUUUCGAGUUAUGAUCGAUCUCAGCAGGAUAUUCACCACAGAGAGACAUUAUCUGACAUAGAGUCUAAUAAUAAAUCAAGAAGUCUGCUCAAGACGCGAUUGUUUUUCGAGUUGCAGCUAUCAAAAUUAUACACAGAGAACAUAUUUGAACUUUUUCAACAGGAAGUGGAGGGUGUGUACUCAUGUUAUGGUACAAGGCAGAAGAGCAUUGAGGGGUCGGUUGCGACUUUUAUAGUCAAAGAAGACGUCCAAGUUGAGGAAAACAGGAAGGAAACGAGAGAUUUCGAGGUGAUGUACAAUUCUGGUGAUGCAGUUGAGGUGCUAUGUGUGUGUGCCGUAUUCAACCUCAGGGGUUAUCUGUGCAGACAUGCCUUGUGUGUUAUCAACCAUGUCGGAUUAGACGAAAUCCCACCUCAAUAUAUCCUUGCACGGUGGAGGAAGGACAUCAACCGUAGUUACACUAUCGAUUAUAGAUUGGACGGUAUUGAUAUCAAGAACCCGGUCCACAGAUAUGAUAACUUGUACAGGAGCGUUACAAAGGUGGUCGAGGAAGGAAGGAAAUCACAUGAUCGAUACAGCUCGAGCCGGUGUCGAGCACAGGCAGCUUGCAGUGCAGGCUAAACGACUUAUCCGUGACCCUCGUCCCGGGAACAAAGAACUGGAAGAACACCAUGAGGCAAGCACCCUGCGGAGCGAUCCCAAAGAAGG